AUGUGUCGUUUCUCGGAGAAUCUACUUCACAACCUCAAAUCUGUCACCGGCGUCGCUCCGAAAGUAAGAGUCGGAGGAACCUCGCAUCCGACCUAUUUUGAGUCGUAUCACACCCUGGGACAAGUCAAAUACCUGCAUGGGUUGAACACAAAUCAAAACUCAUCGACUGAACAGCUCGAAGUCUCAGCUACGGAAGCUGGUACUCCCAUUGGUCGCCAGCUGCAUCUGUUUGAGCUGGGUAACGAGUUCAAUUUCGCUCCCGGAAAAUAUCGCUCUGCAAACUAUUCACUUCUUGAUUAUGUCGAAGAGUGGAACUCCAAGUCUGCUAUUUUCAAGUCUUCUGUACAGUCUUUCCCGGGGCUUAUGGCGCCUAGCUUCGUCUUGCUGGAUUUCAUUGACGAAACUCCCUGGACUACCGAGGAGGUCUACAAUCUUGGAUACGAUAAAUAUAAUCUAACCAAAGAGCUAUGCUUCCACUACUAUAUGGGUGUCAAUGCACCUUCUCUGCCCCCUGCGCAGUUCAAUCUCCAGCACCAGGGCGUGAAUGGAGAGACUAAUGUGUUUGGUGACGCUCUGCGGCUGGUCGACUUCUCCCUCUGGGCAGCAGUACACGGUAUCAAGCGUCUGCACUUCCAUCAAGAACUAAGCCACCGUUAUGCCUUGUGGCAGCCAAUCGAGAGCAAUGGACUUCCUCCAGCCACCAGACCCCCACACUACGGUCAGAUCGUGGUCACUAGUGCUAUCGGACAAUCUGAGAACACCCUAAUUGUCAACAUUCCUCUGUCGGAGGAUACGGAGUCCGCAUAUCCCAUCUACAACGGAGAUCGACUGUCGAAGCUAGUUGUGACAAAUAUGCGGGCUUUCAACCAGACUAAGUCAGAUCGCGCAGGGAAUACAAAUUCCACGUGCCUGGACAAGAUAAAAUUGCCAGGGUUGAGCACCUGA